AUGGCGACUGAACGUCCUCAGUACUACCAAAAUGCUCUUAAGCCAAUCGAAAUCAACAAAAACUCAUUGCAACAGACUCUGCAGGAAUUACGUGAUGCGGCCAGGCGCGGAGCUGACAUGGUGAAGGAGGGCAGUCCUCCUCCUGGCGAAUGGGGAAUCGGGGGCCUUUUCCUAGGGAAUCCAGGAAUUACGCUGGCCUUCCUCCGACUCGCCCAUCAAGCUGCGUCUUUGAAGAAGGACAAUGAAUCUAGCCCGCCUGAUUUCCGAAAAGAUGCCAAUGAGAGGAUCUACUCUGGCCCAGAUUUACCUCUGUUGCCCAGUAGAUUGUCUCCUUUGGGGUCACUUUCCCCGAUACCAGCAGCCGUUCUCCGUAUACUAGCUGCAGCCACAUCGAACAGUGCCGUUUCCAAAGAUGACAUUCAGUACUUCUAUCAGGCGGUCGAGCUGGCUCUGAAUAAUGGUCAUAUCGUCCCUCAUGCUGGCGAUAAUCUGGGAGGCGAUGAAAUCUUAUAUGGACGCGCAGGACUGUUGUGGUCGAUUCUGAAUAUCCGCGCCCAUAAAUUUGACGACGACACGGAGAAGGCACUGAAGCCUCUUUAUGAAUCUAUUCCGAAACUGGUCGAUGUGAUCAUUGAGGCAGGAAGACAAGGUGCGCGUGAUUGUGCUAAGCUAUACGGCGACAAGGAUGCUCUUCCAUUGAUGUAUAUGUGGAUGGAGAAAUACUACUGUCUUGGAGCUGUCCAUGGGGCGGGCGGAAUCCUUUCUACUGUACUUGCCUGUAACGUGGAAGAAGUCAGUGAUGGCGCCUCGCGCAAUUACUUCCCCUGGAUAGCAGAGACGAUCACGGGCUUUUGCAAGAUUGCUAUUGCAGAGAAUGGGCAUCUCCCGACGUGUAUUCCUCCCCGUCAGGUUGGCAAUCCUACCUCACCCCUGAUCCAGGUCUGUCACGGUAGCCCGAGUUUCCUACUUUUGAUGGCAUGUGCCAGGAGAAAUGCCCAUCUUAUGGCCAACCACUGGCAGCCCGAGUGGGACCAGGCCAUCCAGUUGGCUACGGAGCGGAUAUGGGAAGAGGGGCUGCUUUCGAAAGGCGGCGGAUUAUGCCACGGCAUUGCAGGCAAUGCAUGGUCGGUGCUGCUUAUGCACGAUUGCUUCGAGUAUGACAGCGAGCUGGCCGCGCAGGCGAAACGCAACUAUCAAGCGCGUACGCAAACCGAUAUCUCGAGUGUGCAGCCAGAGCUCACGGGAGACUACUUUCUUUCCAAGGCUUUGACUCUUUUGCUCCACGUGCGCGAGACGGCUCCUUACAACGCCUCUUGCAGUGACUACCGUAUGCCGGAUAACCCAUAUGCUCUGACUGAGGGCUUGCCAGGUCCCGUGUGCGCAUGGUCCGAGAGCUGCGUGGUGAUCCAGGCGAGAUUGCGGAAAAUGGAGCUGGAUGCGAACGGAGCGACUUCGGCGGCGGCGCGUAAGAACGAUGCUACUUUCCAGGAAUUAGAGGGUCGUCACCUAGGAUUCCCAACCCUUCCGUAUCAUCGGGCCACUGGUAUGUUCUGAAUUCAUUCUUGAAUAUUAUUGAGACUAGGUAGAUAGAUGGAUGCAUAUACAAAAGAAAACUUGGCUGUCCAGCAGCCGGAUAUCACAGUGUUCUUGCAAGCAGAUAUAACCGAUCCAAAACGCCAUGCUCAGCUAACAGAAUAGACAAAAGAAAAGAAAGCAAGAGGCAGCAAAGAAGCAGCAG